AUGGAGAAGAAUCACCUAGAUUGGGAUAAUUUUCUACCUGAGAUAGCUCAGGAAAUACUUUCUCACCUACCAGCUGAAUCCGCCUUACAAUGCAAACAAGUAUCGAAGACUUGGCAAAGUUUAUUCGGCCACAUGCACGAGGGUAUAAUUUUCGCCAUUGGGUUAAACCGAAAAGAAGAACCAAAUUUCAAACUUUAUUAUGCAAAACAUAACGUGAUUAAGAAGGUGUACAGUGUUAUCAAGAAAGCACAGAAAUACCAUAACGUUGUAAAGAUGGUGCAUCAUCCUCCCAUCAAAAACAGAUAUCACAAGAACCCGUCAGAAGAAUACAAAGACGUCAUUGUUGGAUCAUGCAACGGUUUGGUUUGCAUCACUCUUCCUAACGGUGUUAUAGAUGAUCCAAUUUACCUUUGUAACCCGUGCACAAGAGAAUUUGUUAUACUCCCCAAGUUGACAUCAAUCGAUGCAAAUAGCGUAGUAGUGAGUGGGUUUGGAUUUUAUUCAACUAACGAACACAAAGUUGUCAGGAUCUACUACCCAGAUCGAAAUCUCUCUGUCGGACAUGUGGAAGUUUACACUCUUGGUGGUGGCACCGGAUGGAGAAAUAAAGGAGAGAUUACCUACUCAUUAUGUCCAUCACCGGGUGUCCUCGUCGAAGGAGUUCUUUACUGGAUAGACUAUAAGGGUAUGAAAAUUGUAGGUUUCAGUUUAGCAGAUGAAAAGUUCACAUUACUUCCCUCGCCACCUUGUUUAUGCCUGGAUAAGGGUUUAUCCAGUACUAACUUGCAUUCAGUUGAGCAACGUUAUAGGCUCAAAAUAUUGAGAGGGUGUUUAUGUGUUGUGCAUUACGUGCGAGCAAGUAAACGUAUUUUGUUCCAGAGAAGUAACCGUAUUGACAUAUGGUUCUUUAUGAAGGACGAGAAGAAUAAGUACUAUAAUAGGAGUUGGAGAAGAGAAUUCAGUAUAGGCAAUAGGAAGAUCGGGGACGACCUCGAUCCAUUCUUUGUAACAGAGAAGAAUAAAGUCCUACUAUGGCACAACAAGUCAAACCUCGUGUGUUUUGAUGAGAAAUCUUCGACUUCAAAGGUGAUUAUUAAGGAUGAGGCAUCUCUGGGUUUGAAGUAUUUCAACGCAGUUCGGCACAUAAAUACUUUGGUUUCAUUGAAAGCUCUUGAAGGGAAGAAUUGCACCGUGCAAGAAUGGGAUGGUAAGGGAACAUUAGAUGAGCUGCGGAAGGAGGUCAGACAACCAGUAAUUAGAGAGAUUUGUUUACGAUCAGGAGCUGAAUACUGGGGUCCCAUACUAUUUAUUGUUUUGUUUGUUUUUUUUGUUUAUAUCUUUGGAAGUUUAGGUGGGUGA